AUGAAUCUGACCCAGUAUCUUGCUGUGAAUCUGGAGUUCGUGCUGAACAAAAAGUCACUCUGCAGCUUAACUCCUGAAACCUUCCACAGCUCGGUUAGGUGGAGCUUGCCAUCAUCCCAGACUGUUGCAUGGGUGUCGCGUGAGGCAGAAUCUUUGAGCAGGUAGUUGAAUGGAGUCAUCUGAAUCCAGGUCCUUGCUGUAACUUUCAUGCUUGCCACAGUGUUUCUAUCUUCUGUGACAGACAUUAUGUGUAAAUACGGCUACACGCACCUUUCUGCUGGUGACCUCCUUCGAGAUGAACGAAAAAGGCCAGGCUCGCAGUAUGGAGAACUCAUUGAGAACUACAUUAAGGAAGGGGAAAUUGUACCGGUUGAAAUAACAAUCAGCUUGCUGAAGAGGGCUAUGGAUCAAACAAUGGCUGCCAAUUCCCAGAAGAACAAGUUCUUGAUUGAUGGGUUUCCCAGGAAUGAAGAUAAUCUUCAAGGCUGGAAGAAGACUAUGGAUGGAAAGGCGGAUGUUUCUUUUGUUCUCUUUUUUGAUUGUGACAAUGAGAUAUGUAUCGGUCGCUGUCUUGAAAGAGGCAAGAGCAGUGGCAGGAGCGAUGAUAAUCGUGAGAGUCUGGAAAAGAGAAUUCAUACAUAUCUGCAGUCUACUAAGCCAAUCAUAGACUUGUAUGAGAGAAUGGGAAAAGUCAGAAAAGUGGAUGCCUCUAAAUCUGUUGAUGAAGUGUUUGAAAAAGUUGUACAAAUUUUUGACAAAGAAGGCUAAUUCCCAGCUGGAAAGUUCAUUUAAACUUGUGCUUGAAUCUUGCUUGAAUAGCUGCUACUGCAGUCCACUCUUUGUAGUUGUUUUAAAAGAUUUUUUUUUAAUUGUUUUUCACAUAUCUAAUGAUGAUCGGAGAAGCAGUUAUAAUUACAAAUGGAUCUGUUUUUUAAAUAGGAAAUAAUUUCUUGUGGUAUACGAAUUUCAGGGUUCUCCAUUAGUACAAAUUCAGUUACUCACAUGGCAAAACCACGGUUAAAACAUCUCUCUGAAGAGACUACUUAUUCUGUCAGAGUUCUGUGCUUAUCAUGGGCAGCCCUUCUUGUUCCUUAUUGCCAUAGACUUUUUUUUUGUUUGUUUUUUAAGGAUCAACUAAACAGCAGCACUAAGCAAUGAGGUACUCGUGUGCCCUUGUUUGUUUUGCGGAUGCUUGGACCAAAUUUAGCAAAUAUUUUUUGAGUGUAAUUUCUUCACAAAGUUCCCUGUUAUCCCCAAACUUGAAUUCUGUAA